AUGAUAGACCAGAAGACCUAGCUUUGGACUGGGAUAUGCAAAGCCAAUACCUCGAUAUUUGAGUACUUCCCAAGAUUACUCUAAUAUCCUGGAGAGACUUGUGAUGGAGUUAGAGCUGUUUAUGAUUGCGCAAGUGGUUAUCGAAAAUGCAAGGCUCACAGAUGUUUAGGCUAUCCAGCAGGCUCGAAAUGCUUAUCAUCAUUUGACUGCAAUCCUAACUUCUUCUGCGAUUCAGUAUCCCAGGAAUGCAAGCCAGUCCAUUAAGAUGGGUAAAAAUGCUAUUCAAGCCAGGAAUGCCAGAAGAACUCACUUUGUAAAUUUGAUAGUCAAAUUGCUCAGAGUGGUGUAUGCCAGCAAAUGUUCUCAAUGAGCCCUAACACUUAUUUAUACGCAUGGAGUUAAGAGGAUUUGUUUAUGUGUUCAGGUGGAUACGGACUACUUGUUGAUUAAAAAGGAGUAAUUAAUCCAUUUUCUUUUGAGUCGGGUUUGUAUCAAUGCGGAGGCUAAAACCCUCUGAAGAGCUUGAAAUCAGGUUAAGCUUGCAAAUCAUAUGUAGACUGCACUUCUACUUAGAGUGGAAUAUAUGCUUAAUGUGGGUGUUCGCUAUCAUCUACAGAUUAAAUUUGUGGAAUACUUUAAGACAACACUGAGUUUUAAGAUUACAUAUCGGCGGUAAGACAUAAUAUAAUAUUUUAAUUGCUAGGCUAAAGAAUUCGCUUCAGCAACUAGGCAUUGUCAUAAUGCAAGAGACUUGGACAGUGGACCUUGUGA